UGGGAAGUUUAAUCAAGAAAGACGAGAAACGAUGACCCAGUUACAGAGAUUGGGACGAGUAGAGGGAAAUGUUAAAUGUAGCCUAUUUUAGAAUGUGCAGAGAAACAAAAAGGCAGGAAAUAUUUAUUAGGUUUUUUAAAAGAAACUGGACUGGACAAGAGAAUGUAGUGUAAAGGGAAUUUAGUACAGUAGGUGGCAGUAAUGCAACUAAUCGGAUGCCAGCUGCCGUAAAACCUCAAAGGAGAAGGUGGGAACUGUUAUGUGGCCGCUGGCAGGCGGAACUGAACUAGAACAGAACUUGUUCCCCUGAUCAGUCGGGCAUGUUUUUCCAGCGCACAGUAAACAGACUCCAGCAUGGACGAGGGAGCGCAGCGAAUACUGGAGCAUUUGACGGAGGUAGAAGUGGCUGCAGAAGACGUUCUUAGUGACAAACAGCAGAUCGUGGAUCUGGAUUUGCGGAGAAACAGAAACCGAGAAGCACUCAGCGCUUUACGAAACAAUUCCCCGAACGAUAAUGUGAAGGUGUGUUUUGGAAAUAUGUUCAUCAAAUUCCCUCAAGAGAGUACCAGAUCCAUGAUCCUUAAAGACCAUGAGCAGCUUGACAAGGAAAUAACUGACCUCCGCAAACGACUAAAAGCAAAAGUAAAUCGUCUCAAUGACUUGCAAGGUAAGCCUGAACUCAGAGGAUACAACCUUUCUCCUCUGAGCAGUGAUGAGAUUAAAGCAAUUAACAGCCUCCUUAAGAAAUAAUAUCCACUAGCUUCUCGGACUGUCUUGAACCUGAGGGUAACGUUUGGACUGGACUGUUACCUGUGCGUCGGAGCACUGAAGUGUCUGCAAACCGCCUGUGACUUUACUAACUCAGCAGAAGAACUUUUUUCAGUUGACUUUUGGUGACUAGCUCACACAAUGUGUCUUUUCAUCAUUCAGUGCUUUUACAUGGCGUUUGUUUAAAAGUCUUGCCUGCGUUUUGUGGCGUGAGAAACACAAUUGUUGAAGAGAGUAAGCCAAAAAUAAUGCUAAGAUGCUUGGGUGGGUAUUACCACAAUAUGUAGCCUGUAUGUUGUUACUUUCACAGGUUCUGUUAUUAAUGGCAAGCAAACAAAAUUGUUGAACUUUCUAAUUCAAUGAAGUGUCUCUGAAAACUCAUUUCUG